AUGGACGUUUCGGACAUUCUCGCGGCACAAGCUGAGAGGCAAAAAGCCAUCACUGUCGAGAAAGAAAUUCCUCUUGAGGUCGAUGUUGGCUACUUGACUGUGACCGACUUGAAUCCCAUCGAUAAGGAAAGCUACACCGAGAACCUGGAGGAAUGUUUGCAAUCUACCGCCCGGGACGGCAUUCAAGUCCUCCUCGCCUCUCUCUUCUCCCUCCCCACAACAUCCUCCGAAGACGGACCUCUCGCCGUACUCCCACCACCAACAACCCUUCUGCCGCGCUCUAAGCCGCUUCCUAAACCCAAACCGCCAACAAAAUGGGAGAAAUUCGCACGCGCGAAGGGUAUCCAGAAGACUGUCAAAGACAAGAAGGUGUGGGACGAGGAAAAGCAGGAGUGGGUUAAUAGGUGGGGAUGGAAGGGCAAAAAUAAGGAGGCGGAGACGCAGUGGGCUACGCCUGUAUCCGCCAAUGCGGACGUCGACUUCGAUCCGGCGAAAAAGGCGAGGGAUGAGAGGAAGGCUCGUGUCGCAAAGAACGAGAAGCAGCAUUCUGCCAAUCUUGCGAGAGCGCAGGGGACGGCUGGGUCUGGAGCUGCUCCAGCGCCGGAUCGGGAGGCGAGGAAGAGCGAUAUUUCCAGGACACUCGCUACGACGAGGUUUAGUACGGCGAGCAUGGGCAAAUUUGAUAAGAAGCUUGAUGGUGACAAGCCGUUGCGUGGCGUCAAGCGGAAGUUCGACCCAGCAGAAGCGUCCGCAGAGGCAGAAAAGAAGAGCAAUCUCGCGCUUCUCGCAAAACUCGGCAAUGCGCCGACAAAACGAGCGAAGGGAGAGGGCAACGACGCCGCUAUCAAUGUCAGGAAAGCGGGACUCACGCUCCUUGCCUCAAACCAUCACGACCCUCUCCAGCAUAACCUCGUCUCUUUGACUAGAAGACGUUUUUAUUUGCGAGACUCGACUAGCCCAGUCAAGCACACGAGCGCCUCUGAGCUCCCCGAAACUCCAUGUCCACCCAACCUUUCCCCCUCGCGGCGCCAAGGGCCCCCGAGCAACCUCACUAUGGUCCCGACCUUGCGGUCCGGCUCAUCUGCCCAGACUGCCGGGACCCCAACCCAAAUAUCGUGGAAGAAUUCGGUAGCGGAGAUCUCCGAAUGGCGUACGUUCGCCAAUGACGAAGGAGAUGAUCCGUCUCGUGUCGGUGCGGCGUCGGACCCGCUCCUCGACGGCAUGGAACAGCUCGACACAGUCAUCUCUUUCAAAGAUGGUGGCUCUGGUAUUGCACGCGAGCUCCAGCGCGCCGCCUCGCGCGGCCAGAGCUCGCGCUCCGAACGCAACAUCAUCUCCGCCUUCCGCGAUAUCUCGACCAUGUGCGACCAAUUCUCCCUACCCAAGACCAUCUCCGACAUCGCGAAACAAAUGUACAAGCGCGCGGACGACGAGAAGUUGCUUCGUGGAAAACCGCUCGAGGCGGUUAUCGCUGCUUGCAUAUUUAUCGCAUGCCGCCAGGCGCAUGUACCGCGCACGUUCCGCGAAAUUUGCCAGUUGACGCACGUAUCGAAGAAGGUGCUCGGACAGUGCUACAAGGCGCUCGAGGCAACGUUCAGCUUGCAACCUGGCGCGUCCGCUCAAGCGCAGAACGGACGACCUGGAGCGGCAAGGCAAUCUGGACCGGAGGAUUUGCUCGUGCGGUACUGCAGCCACCUGGCUCUCCCGCCCUAUGUGGAAGGGUACUGCCGCGACGUCAUUGUUGCCGCACGCGAACACGGCGUUGCGGACGGUCGUUCACCCGUCUCGAUCGCCGGCGGCGCAAUAUUCUUCACCUGCCAACUCCUCGGCGUGAACAAGUCGAUGCGUGACAUCAUGGAUAUCGCCGGAGUGUCGGAGGGCACGAUUCGCCUGGUAUAUAAGUUAUACUUUGCGGACAGGGAGAAGCUGGUCAAGAAGGAGUGGUUGGAGAACGGCAGGGCGAAGAUGGAGAGGUUGCAGCUUGAGCCUGGGGCGGGACGGUGA